CCUAGCCAGGAGAUUCGUUGUUGAAGAAUUGAGCAAUAGAGCCAUGCCGGUUGAUUUCUCCGUUCUGGCAAUCUGGCAAUGGUAGCCAUAUGCUGCUGUGAAUAUUUGGUUAUGGUGAAUUAGGUGAGAAGAGUCUCUGAAUAGAGGUCUAUAUAAGGUUGAGGUUGAGGCUUCGUAACAGUUGCAUGGCCAUCGAUUGUUGCAGUCAAUAAUGAAGCCUUAUGACUUGAAUGUGGGAAGCCGCUGUUACAGAGGAGUAAUGAAGAGAUCAAAACUGCAGGAUUACUCCGAAGUAAAUGGAAAGACGAAGAGGAUUAGUCGGUCUGUUUACCGAAAGUUUUGGCCAAGGCGUGAAAUAAAACAUUAUAAUAUGUCAAAAUGUCUUCGAGAAAGCCUAAUAUCAAAACGUUUUCUUGUGGCUUACAUGUCACCUAUUGAUUGGCUGAUUUUUUAAUCUGAGGUGGACAUCCUCUCCUUUGAGUAUAUCUCCCUUUUAGUAUUGUUAGAUUAUAGGUUAUCAAUCUCCAAUCCAUGGACUUCGUUCACCCACCAAUUUCAAAAUCGGUAAAAACUACUCAUAACGCGACGGCGAACAUGAGCACUGCGGUUGCAGAUCACCCAAAUUCAGAUUCCACCUCUACAACGGUCAUGGAGACGGUGAACGGUUCGCACCAGUUCACGAUCAAGGGCUACUCUCUAGCCAAAGGCAUGGGCCCAGGGAGAUACAUACAGAGCGACGUCUUCUCCAUCGCCGGAUACGACUGGGCGAUCUACUUCUACCCCGACGGGAAGAACCCUGAGGACAACUCGGCGUACGUCUCUUUCUUCAUCGCGCUCGCCAGUGAUUCUAGCGACAUUAGGGCUUUGUUCGAGCUCACGUUGAUGGAUCAGAGUGGUAAAGGGAGGCAUAAGGUGCAUAGUCACUUUGAUCGGACGCUUGAAGGUGGUCCUUAUACGCUUAAGUGUAAAGGUAGCAUGUGGGGUUACAAACGCUUUUUAAGACGAACAGCUUUAGAAGCCUCUGAUUACUUAAAGGAUGAUUCUCUCGUCAUCAAUUGUACAGUUGGCGUUGUCAGAGCCCGGCUCGAGGUUCCGAAACAGUUUGGCGUUGUGCUGCCCUCGUCUGAUAUGGGUCAGGGGUUGAAAGACUUGAUAGAUUCUGAAGUUGGCUGCGACAUAGCUUUCCAAGUCGGAGACGAGACUUACAAAGCUCACAAACUCAUCCUCGCAGCACGCUCGCCGGUUUUCAGAGCUCAGUUCUAUGGACCAAUAGGGAACAACAACGUGGAGAGGAUAGUGAUAGAGGACAUCGAGCCUUCUAUCUUUAAGGCUAUGCUUAGCUUCAUCUACACCGAUGGACUCCCUGAUGUGCACGAGAUUACGGGGUCAGCUUCUGCGAGUUUAAUCACGAACAUGAUACAACAUCUCUUGGCGGCUGCUGACCUCUAUGACCUUGGAAGGUUAAAGGUGUUAUGCGAAGUUUUUCUAUGUGAGAAACUAAAUGUUGAUAAUGUGGCAACAACACUUGCACUGGCUGAACAGCACCAACUGUCAGAGCUCAAAGCCUUCUGCUUAAAGUUUGUUACAUCUCCAGGAAACUUGCGAGGAGACUCGAUGUUUGAUUAGACGGCCUGAAGUUUAUCGUCCUCAAUUAGCUGUAAUGAAGUCUGAAGGGUUCAAGCACUUGAACCAGAGCUGUCCCUCUAUGUUGUCUGAGCUGCUGAGCACGGUUGCAGCAGGGGAUAAGAUCUUGACGAGUGAACAAGCAAGCAAGAAAAGAAGUCUGUGUAGUAGUGUGUUAGCCUAUGAUACAAAUGCUGCGAGGCAACUGAGGAGGAGGACAUAGGGGUCCGAUCCAAAUGCAAUGAAACUUUGCGCAGGUCAGCUUACUCUUACUGAUCUGGAAGCAAAGCAGACACCGAAUCUGGUCUUUGGUAGAGUUUUAUUGCAAUGGAAUAAUUUGUUCCUAGUAUGUAUAAAGCGUAUAGGCAAAAGACCUCCUUUUUUUGUCCUUCUUAAGUUCUCUUCAGUUUUUGAACUUGGCUUUGUGUGAUUCUUAGAAGCAUAAUACACUCUUAAUUAACAGUCUUAUGAAAGGGAGAAAUGUUUAACUGUUACCAAAGGCCAUAACACUUGAAAGUGAAGAAUUUAAAGUAACUUAGCAAGGAC